AUGUUCAUCUCGCACGCGUGCUACUUGCCUUUGGGCUCGGACCGCAGCUGCUUGGGACGGACACCGUGCUGGCAAAAGCGGCCACGAAGGAAAUGGGGCGACUGGAUCAUGAGCCCGAUGAGCCUGGUGCCUUUGGCGGCUGCCGGUGCUUUUGGCGCUUUGCUCGGUUCGGAUCUCGGCAGCGACUGGCCUCGCCAACGAAGCUUGGUGCGCGCGAGGGCCAGGGAGGCGGCUGGAUGCGCACGCUGCGCAAGCGCCGCGCCAGCGGUGCCUGCCACGGUGUCGGCACCCGCAGCGCCUGCGGCGGCGCCUGCCGUGGAGCCUGUGGCGGCGUCGGCGCCGUCGGCAUCGGACAUGGAGUUCCAGCGGAGCUUGCAAGAGGCGCUUCAGCCCAGCUGGCGCUUCUUGCAUUCGGGCCUCGUGGACCGAGCCCUGGAGGCAAAGCUGCUUCUGUUGGCGGCCCUGGCAGGGGAGCAUCUUCUGUUGAUUGGCCCUCCAGGGACAGCCAAGAGUCUCUUGGCGCGGCGCCUGGCCACGUUGGGCUCCGCCCGCUACUUCGAGCGCCUCCUCACGCGUUUCUCGACGCCCGACGAGGUCUUUGGCCCCCUUUCGUUAAGGGCACUGCAGGAAGACCGGCUCGAGAGAAAGGUUGACCGCUACCUCCCCGAUGCCGAGGUGGCCUUUCUGGACGAAAUCUUCAAGGCCAACUCGGCCAUUCUCAACACUCUGCUGACACUUUUGAACGAACGGCUCUUCGACAACGGCGGCCUGCGAUGCGAGGUUCCGCUCUGGUGCGUGGUGGGGGCCUCCAACGAGAUUCCCGCGGAGGGGGAGCUGGACGCUGUCUUUGACCGUUUCCUCCUCAAGCGAUUUGUGGCCCCCGUGUCGGAUGCGAGGGCCCGGGCGCUGCUGGCGGCCGCAGCUUCCCCAGCAGAGCCCUUGAAGCCGCAGACGGAGCCCACGCUGAACCUCGGCUCGGAGCUGGGCCGCCGGGUCCGCGCCGCUGCGUCGCGCGUGUCUUUCCCCCCUCGGCUGCUGCAGAUCCUUGCACGGCUGCGGCGGUACCUGCAAGAGGAGGAGCCGCCCGUGCACGUCUCGGACCGGCGUUUGGCGAAGGCUGCGCAGCUGGUGCAGAUCGUCGCCUUCACGUCAGGUGGCCGAAGUGUGAGCGAGCUGGACCUACUUUGCCUGCAGUACGUCCUGUGGGAUCGAGACCCGGAGUUGUCGGAGCGGAUCCGCUCCUGGCUACUGGCCGCCUUUGCCCCGAAGGCUGCUGGUGGCGAGGUGGGUGAUAUUCAGGUCGAGGGUGCUGGAAGGUCCGAUAUGGAUGGCAUCUACGAGUUCGUGGGCGACCGCGAUGGCAAGCGCUCCUACCAGCAGCAGGGAGGUUCUGGAGCGAUCUACUUUGACCUUUUCUGGAAGCUGUGCGACGGAUCUUUGCCGGGAGGACCCGGCAACCCCCCGUGGUACCAGAGCAUCGAGGACAUGGAGGAGAUCGAGCCCCCCACUGGUGGCUGGUCCACGUGCUACGCUGUGGCCGAGCCUUCUCCGACCCUUUGGAAGGUCUUGGAUGGCAGCGGCAGUAGCGACAACCCAGUGGUCCGAGCCCGUAUCCGCCUCGAGAGUUUGCAGCGCCGCGGAAGGAGGCCAAAGAGGCCCGAUCCCUCGCUGAAGCGGGAUCUGGCCUCGUUCAUGAAGUCGCUGAAGGCUCUUCGCCUGUCACGCCUCGAGAUUCUGUCUGCCUUAGAGGCAGUCCUGGGGCCGAACACCGGCUUGCGCUCCUUCUGGCUCGAGGCGAGGGACAUCUCGGAUGCGCAGACGAUUGUGCUGCCCAGUGCCCGAGAGGCCGUGAACCAGGUCGAGCAGCUUCUGCUUGGGGCCGAGUCCCUGCAGGCUGCGCUGGACGGCGAAGCGGGUCCGGCCAUGACGUCAGAAACGCCGUUGAGUUUUCCCAAUGUCUUCCCGGCAUCUGUGAUCGAUCCUACAAUCCAUAAGAGUACAGUAGCACAGAUGCCAGAGGCGAAUGCCCCUUUGGCCACGGAGGCCAUGGACGACGCCAUUUGCGCGGUGAAUGUGCUGGCUUCCAUCUUCUACCUAGACCAGGCGCUGGUGGAGAUCUAUGGCGCGACCAUGGGCUGCGAGGGCGAGUCGAUGGAAUCGAGGGAUGGUCGCAUCGGCUGCGCCGGCAACGUCUUUGGCAUCCUCCAGUCCUUCGUGAACACGGGCUCCUGGAUUGCUGGUCUGGUCACGCAGUGUAGUAACGUCACGGACCUGGAGGCCGACUGUGCGUCGGUGGUGCUCAGCUUCCCUGGGAACGUCUUCGAAGCGCUUGAGGCGGGACUGGACAGUGUCUCUGCGUGCCGGGAGCCAGCAGCAGCGGUCCUGAACUCGUCACGGCGGCUUCUGAGGGAUCGUGGCUGGGCGUCGCGCUUCGCUGACUUCAAGACGCCCGCGCCCAGGCGACACUUGAGUCCGGGUCUGGGGUCUCCGGAGGAGAGGCUGGACGCGGCCUGGUGCCAGGUGCACGUCUCGCAGGCAGCCACCUACUUCGCACAGGCCGGCAUCUUCAUCGACGUGGCUGCGAGGAUUGGCUGCCGCAACACCACCGGCGCCCUGAACCAGGCAAGCUGCGCUGCGACCGUGACGCUGAUCAUCGCAGCCAUCGCGAACGUCGUGUCCUACCUCGCCGGUGCUGCCCAGCGAUGCGGGGACACUGUGCAGAUGGGGAUCUGUGGGAGUGAUGCUGGGAGCAUCGCAAAUGCGAUUGCCGGCAUCGCAAAUGGAGGCGCAAGUCUUCUGGGGACAUGCCAGGCGAUUGCCUCUCGAGGUUGGGAGAAGCUCCGCGAGUUCAGGCAGCUCCUAGGAUCAUCCCCGACAGAAUACGGCAGGCAUUUCAUGUUUUUUGUUUCCCCUGCUUGUCGAAAGAAAACGAGGAUUCCGUAUAUCCUGACCCGCCCACUCCAAAUUCCUUUUUGA